AUUCCUACGUCAGUUAAAAAUUUUUCACGAUAUAAUUUCGAAGAUGUCGUCAACAUCGAAUUAUUUACGAAUAAAACAGUUUAUGGUGAUUCCGGAUGGUACGGAUGCGUCAACGCUGAUGACUUGAAAAAUUUUAAAAUUGCUAAUGAAACUGCCAUCACACCUUAUAACUUUAUUAAUUCUGGAGCCAAGUGGAUCUACGUUUUCGUUAAAUCAAACACCAAUCACUUCGUUGGAUCUUCGGAUCUCCUUAAAACCUUCCGCGUUAAAACUGGUGAUGAUAUCUUGAUUCCAUGUCGACCAACUUCGCCAUACUUCGAGAUCAAAUUAACAAAAGACGAACAAGGAAUUAAAUUGAAUGAACGCAUCAAUUUUGAUCCAAAAAGAGGAUUUGAGAUAAAGAACGCUGACUUAAAAGAUAAUGGGUUCUACCAAUGUAUCAUUAAAGUAGACUAUCAAGCACUAUCUUACUACGUUCAUGUUGCAAGAAAACAGCUUUGA